GGCAACAGUGGGCACUCCCAUCAGCUGUGUGUUCAGGCCCAUCCGACACCUUGCACUAAUCUCUGCACACAGACCACGGUGUAUGAAGUCGGCCCCGCGUUGACUAAAAGCAUCGUCUACGAGCAUCAGCACCUUCAGACAAAGAUGGAUCUCAGAGCAGCGUUUUCUCUUCUUCUGGUUCUGGGCCUCAGUUGUGCCGAAGAGGGCAUCGAUCAUGACACUGCUAAGGAAGAGGAUCUAACCACAGUUAUUAUGAGGAUGAACAACGGGUCAGAUGGCUAUCUGUUGGAAGGAGAUAUGGUGAUUCCAACAAAAAGGAAUGCCAUGCAGUGCAGUAAUGCAAAAUAUAGCUGUCUCUGGCAAAGGGGUGCUAGCGGCUACGUGGAAGUCCCAUUCGUGAUGAGCAAUGAUUACGACGACACUGAGAAGAGUGUGAUUUACGCCGCGAUGAACGAGUUCAGGGACAAAACCUGCAUCCGCUUUGUUCCACGUCGCGGUGAGAUCGCGUACCUGAGCAUCCAAUCGAGAUUCGGGUGUUCCUCGUUUGUGGGCCGCAUCGGGGACAGACAGGUGGUGUCACUGCAGAGGAACGGCUGCGUGCAAAGGGGCAUCGUCCAGCACGAGCUGUUGCACGCGCUGGGCUUCUACCACGAGCACACUCGCGCCGACCGCGACAAUUACAUCUCAAUCAAGUGGAACAACAUCGCUUCUUAUAAUCAGUACAACUUUGUGAAGCAGGAAUCGGAUUAUCUCAACACUCCGUAUGAUUACACAUCCGUGAUGCACUACGGAAAAACGGCCUUCGCAAAUGCGGGAACAGAGUCCAUAAUCCCGAUCCCCGACCCCAAUGUUCCCAUUGGGCAAAGAGUGACUAUGUCCCAAAUCGACCUUCUCCGGAUCAGGAGACUCUACAAGUGCUGAUGUCACCCACGUGAUUGUUAACAUUCAUGUGACGUCAUGAUAAUAAAACUAUUUAAUUCACUCAAUUCUUUUACUUGAUAGUAAAGUACAAAUAGCAAUUUGUUGUGAAUUUUAAAUGGGC